AAAAGGAAGGAUGCUGCUGCCAUUGCACACCUCAACACACAGGCAACUCAAAAAUGGCGCCGGUGAAGGUGUUCGGGUCGGCCGCGUUCACGAACGUGGCCCACGUGCUGGUGUGCCUGGAGGAGGUCGGUGCGGACUACGAGGUUGUCAACAUCGACUUCCUGGCCAAGGAACACAAGAAACCCGAGCACCUCGCCCGAAACCCAUUUGGUGAAAUCCCAGCUUUUCAAGAUGGAGACCUCGUGCUCUUUGAGUCCCGUGCCAUCGCCAAAUACAUUCUCCGCAAAUACAGGACGGGCGAAGUCGACAUGCUGAGAGAAAGCAACCCGGAAGAAGCGGCUACGGCGGACGUCUGGGCCGAGGUCGAGGCGCACCAGUACAGCAAAGCAGUCGCGCCUAUCGUCUACGAGUGCAUCGUGUACCCCACGGCCUACGGCAUACCGACGAACCAGAAGGUCGUGGACGAGAGCGUGGAGAAGCUGAAGGAGGUGCUUGAGAUCUACGAAGGCCGUCUGUCGAAGCAUGAGUACCUGGCGGGAAGCUUCAUUAGCGUCGCGGACCUCAACCAUUUCCCCUUCACGUUCCGCUUCAUGGAAACUCCGUAUGCGUCCGUGUUCGACUCGUUCCCUUCCGUGAAAGCGUGGUGGGAAAAGCUCCUGUUGAGGCCUUCCGUGAAGAAGAUCAGCGCCGACAUGCAGAAGAGGGUCUAAUCCCCCUGAUUCUGAGACUCCAUUUUCAUAUUCAUGUAAAAAAA